AUGAGACCUGCAACUCAUGAGGACUCAGAUCUUUUUUACUCUGAAAAUUCCAGUGUAGAUGACAGUACAGACAUUAAAGAUGACAUCAGACAAAAACCUACACCAUUUGCAAUGAGUGAACAACGUUCCACUUGUGCCACAACAUUCAAAAGAGCAAAAAACACCAUAGCUAGAAGGAAGAUUGCUGAGCACUCAGAGGUUUUUGAUUCGAGCGAAGAUGAGUUAUCUGAAGUCAGUGAGGAAGAGUACAUUCCUGACACAUCACAAGAGAGUAGCGCAUCAGAUAGUAGCACAAGCCUUACUGUUUCACCUAAAGGUAAAGGAAAGCUCCAGACUAUUCCAGUCCAGUGCAGUUCAGCUGAGAACAGAAGUACAAACUACAAUCCUCAAAGCAGCUGUGACUUGGGGAGCUUCCAGAGCCAUGGCGCAGCCUCAUUUCCUGACAGCACAAGUUCAGUGAUUAUCCCAGCUAUCAUUAAAAAGAGGGAUGGACUGAGAAUGUAUAGCAAGAGACAACAUUGCUUUUUUUGUGACCGGGCUUUUACAAAAAUUGCUAGACACCUAGAGCGCAAGCAUAGCAAUGAAGUAGAGGUAGCAAAGGCUCUAAGUCAUCCAAAGGGCUCCAAACAAAGGAGAAUGCAGCUUGAGUAUCUACGCAACAAAGGUAACUUUGCUUACAAUGCUACUGUUAUUAAUACAGGCUCAGGACAGAUGAUUCCACGGAAACUGCCUAAAAAGACUUUGGAUGGAGAAAAAUUUAUGCAUUGCAUUUACUGCCAAGGACUCUUCUUAAAGAAAACCCUGUGGCGACAUGUGAAAGUUUGCAAAUUCAAGCCUUCUGACGUGAAACCCAAACCUGGAAAAACCCGUGUGCAGGCUCUUUGUAGCUUUGCACAGCCUCCCCCACCAGGAGUAACUCAUGGUGUUUGGAAGCUGUUAAAUGCUAUGAACCAAGACCAAGUGGCACUUGAAGCCAGAAAUGACUGGUGCAUUUUAGAGCUUGGAAAGCAUCUUUACAACAAGUAUGGAUCAAGAGUUAAAAUGCAUGAAUACAUCCGUCAAAAGAUGAGAGAGCUUGGAAGACUCCUUAUAUGUACUAGAGAGGUAACACCCCUUACAUCUAUUAAAGAGCUCAUCCAUCCCACAAACUUUAUGCAUGCCGUUAAUGCAGUUAAAAGAACAGCUGGAUACAUUGAAGAGACCAAUAUAUAUGAAAAGGCUAGUGUUGCUGUGAAACUUGGACAUAGUCUGAACAAAAUCGCAAUGCUUAUUGAGAGCCAUUCUACCAUCAAUGGAGACAAAGCAAGUGCAGAAUUUGCGAGCAGCUUCCAACAGCUGUAUCAAACCCGAUGGCCCGAGUACAUUUCUUCAACAGCCCGGCGUACAAUGGAAGAAGCCAAGUGGAACUGCCCACAUUUGCUCCCGUUCACUGAAGAUGUUAAACGUCUCCAUGUUUAUCUUGAUGAGCAAGAGAAAAUUUACCGCAAACUUUUGUCAACACAGCCAUCAUCUCAGCAUUGGUCAAAAUUGGCCAAGGUUAUAUUGACUCAGGUUAUGCUUUUUAAUCGUAGGCGAGAAGGGGAAGUGUCACAAAUGCCUUUGUCCGCAUACACCUCCAGCAACCAAUCAGAAGCUCAUCCGGAUAUUAGCAUGGCCCUCACAGAGUUGGAAAUUAAGCUGUGUCAAUACUUCAAGCGUAUAGAGAUCAGAGGCAAAAGAGGCAGAAAGGUUCCAGUGCUUGUUACUCCUUCAAUGCAAGAGUCGAUCAGCCUGCUAAUUAAAAACCGGAGCAAGUGUGGAGUACUGAAUGAGAACCCCUUUCUCUUCGCACGUCCGUCUGCAAUGACCUUUUUCAGAGGCUCUGACUGCAUCCGUGAAUUUGCAGGUGCAUGCAAUGCUAAGAAUCCUCAAACUCUAACUUCCACCAAGUUGAGGAAACAGAUUGGUACCCUCUCUGAAGUUUUAAAUUUGAGUAACACUGAGCUCGAUCAGCUGGCUGACUUCUUAGGCCAUGAUAUUAGGAUACAUCGUCAGUUUUACCGCUUGCCUGAGGGGACCCUUCAGCUGGCCAAAAUGAGCAAAAUUCUUCUGGCCCUCGAAAAAGGACGCUUGGCAGACUUUAAAGGGAAAAAUCUUGAUGAAAUCAUCAUUGAUCCAGAAGAGAACGUUACAGUGGACAGUGAUUUAGAGGAGUCUACUUCCAAUCCGAAAGAGUGCACUACAGUAUCAUCACCACAGCACACUGAAUGUGAAGACAGCACACUUCCAGUAAACCCAGUGUCCAAAAAAAAGAGAGGUCACAUCAAAAGGACAGCCUGGAACAAAAAUGAAAUCCAUGCGGUAGAGAAACACAUGAUGAGAUUUAUAAAGAACCGCAAAGUUCCAGGGAAGGCAGACUGCGUAAGGUGUUUGGAAGCUGAACCAUCUGCUCUAAAACAUAGAGAAUGGUCAGCUCUCAAGUUUUAUAUCAAAAAUCGAAUCUCCGCUCUGCAAAGAAAAGAUGUAGCACACUAAUAUUGACACCAUGUUGAGUGUUCGUCACCAGGUAAUAUCUUAAUCUUGCCUAAAUGAAUUUGUUGAUUCAGUUCUUUUACAAAUGUUUUUAAAGUGUUUCAAAUAACUUUUAUACUGCAGUUAAUGAUUUGUUUUUUUUUAGCCAGUUUUCAUCAUCAACUUUUUUAAAUGCCAAAUGUUUACUAUAAACGCAGGCAUGCAAAAGUUUCAUGCUGAAGUUUCUUUACUUAUUGACGAUACGUUUUGAGAAACGGUUUAGAAG